AUGGACGAUACUACUCAAUUUGAUGACCAACCUUUGGAUGCUGUGUUUGGUGACAGGGUAAGAAGGUUUCAGGAGUUCUUGGAUAGAAUUGAUUCAAACACCGGCGUUGAUUACAGAGCUCAAAUAAGAGACUUGAUUAUCAAAGGUAAAUAUAGAUUGAAUGUUUCGAUUGACCAAAUAAGAGAUUUUGACAGAGAAUUUUGGCAAGGUUUAUUAAAUCAACCAGCUGAUUAUUUGCCAGCUUGUGAACGUGCCGUGAGAGAUACUGUUUUAACAAUCUACGACCCAAGCGACUCAUCAUUCCCAAAUGAUUUCGAUACCAACCAACAAUAUUACUUGAGCUUUAAGGGAGCUUUUGGUAAUCAUUCGAUUACCCCUAGGUCUAUUGACUCAAACUAUUUAUCAAAGAUGGUUUCUAUUGAAGGUAUUGUCACGAGAGCUUCAUUGGUUCGUCCUAAGGUUAUCAGGUCGGUUCAAUAUGCCGAUGCUACAGGCAGGUUUUAUGCUAGAGAAUACAGAGAUCAAACCACUUCUUUCGAUGCUAUUUCAACCCCUCCAAUUUACCCCACAGAGGAUAUGGAUGGAAAUAAAUUGACCACUGAGUAUGGUUAUUCAACAUACAAAGACCAUCAAAAGAUAUCCGUCCAAGAGAUGCCAGAAACCGCUCCAGCUGGUCAGUUGCCAAGAUCGGUUGAUGUUAUUUUGGAUGACGAUUUAGUCGAUUUAACGAAACCAGGAGAUCGUGUUCAAAUAGUUGGUGUUUACCGUGCAUUGGGUGGUGGCGUAAACAACAAUUCCUCAUUCAAGACGGUUCUUUUAGGUAACUCGGUUUACCCAUUACAUGCGAGAUCAACAGGAGUUGCCUCGCAAGAAAAGAUUACUGAUCACGAUAUUAGAAACAUUAACAAGCUCUCAAAGGACAAAAAGAUUUUUGACAUUUUAUCCCAAUCAUUAGCUCCCUCAAUUUAUGGGUUUGAGCACAUAAAAAAGGCAGUUUUAUUGAUGAUGAUGGGAGGUGUGGAAAAGAAUUUGGAUAAUGGUACACAUUUGAGAGGAGAUAUAAAUAUUUUGAUGGUUGGUGAUCCAUCGACUGCAAAGUCUCAGAUUUUAAGAUUUGUUUUGAAUACGGCCUCAUUGGCCAUUGCAACAACUGGUAGAGGGUCAUCCGGUGUUGGUUUGACCGCUGCAGUCACGACAGAUAAGGAAACUGGUGAAAGAAGACUAGAGGCUGGUGCGAUGGUUUUAGCAGAUAGAGGAAUUGUGUGUAUUGAUGAGUUUGAUAAAAUGUCUGAUUCAGAUAGAGUUGCUAUUCAUGAAGUCAUGGAACAACAAACAGUUACUAUCGCCAAGGCUGGUAUCCAUACAUCCUUAAAUGCUCGUUGUUCAGUCAUUGCUGCAGCUAACCCGGUAUUCGGCCAGUAUGAUGUGCACAAGGACCCACAUAAAAACAUCGCAUUGCCGGAUUCGCUUUUAUCUCGUUUUGAUUUGUUAUUCGUUGUCACUGAUGAUGUGAAUCCGACAAAGGAUAGAGUGAUUUCUGAACAUGUGUUGAGAAUGCACAGAUUUGUGCCACCUGGCAUGAUGGAAGGGGAGCCAAUUAGGGAAAAAUCUAGUGUGACGUUGGCCGUUGGUGAUGAUGAGGUAAAUGAACAAGAGUUAUUGGAACAACCAAUAUUUGAAAAGUUCAAUGCUUUGUUGCAUGCGGGUGUUGCAAGGAGUUCAAAGAAAUCGCCCACAAUUUUGUCAAUACCAUUUUUGAAAAAGUAUAUUCAAUACGCUAAACAAAGAAUCAAGCCUGUGUUGACAAAGAGCGCAUCAGAUUAUAUUGUCACUACUUACUCGUCGCUAAGAAAUGAUUUGAUCGGAAACAAUCAAAGAAACACGGCGCCAAUAACUGCAAGAACUUUGGAAACUUUGAUUCGUUUAGCUUCCGCUCAUGCCAAGGUGAGAUUAUCUAAAAGUGUUGAGGUUAAGGAUGCUAAGGUUGCCGAAGAGAUGUUGCGGUACGCUUUGUUUAAGGAAAUUCCCAAGAAACAAAACAAGAAGAGAAGAACGGUUGAAGAAACUUUUGAUUCAGAACUGGAAUCUGACGAGGAUUCGGAAGAGGAAUCAACAGGAACAAGACCAAGUACUAGGAGAACGAGGCUAAUGGAACAGCAACAGCAACAAGAACAAAGGACACCAGAUACCACACCAGAACUACCAUUAGGAGAACAAGAUGUGGACGGCGAGACUGAGGAAGUUGGUGAAGAGUUGGAACAAUUUCACAUCACUAAUGCAAAUGAACAACAACAGCAGCAACAACAAGAAGCUGUGUUGGUCGAAGAAGAUCAAUCGAGUUCCAAUGUGCAUCGUCCAUUGGGUGAUAGAGCCACAAACACCGAACAAACGUCAACAAUAAGCUCUGAGAGGUUCCAGACAUUCAAAAGAGUGCUUCAGAAGGUGAUUCGUUCAGAUGUGUUUACCGGUCCAGAGUCACAACGUAUCGCACCAAUUGAUAGCGUCAUGAAGGCUAUCAAUGACGAAAUGGCACAAGAGGAAAAGUUCACAGACUUUGAACUUGAAUCUGGACUUGAAAAGAUGCAAGAGGAUAAUAAAAUCUUCCUUGCCGAAGGUAAAGUGUGGACAAUGUAG